AUGAUUCUUGUUGGACGAAGGAAAACGAGGAAAGUGAUGAAGCUUCGAGUGAUGUUGACAGCGAUAUCAGUGUUAAAUGUGAUCUUCAAUGUAACAUGGUUUAUUUGCAUUGUUAUUCACUAUUUGGUGAAUCUCGAAGAAGGGACUCUCAUUGAUGAUUUGGAUAAGGAAUUCAGUCAAAUUGUUUGGGAGAUUUUCGGACAUCAAUGUGUAGAUUCUCUUUUGGCAGUGCAAUCGGUUUUCUUGCUUAGUUUAAGUAUGGAUCGAUAUUUAAACCUUUUCAUUGACUAUUCUCCAUACAUUGGUGGAUGAUAUCAAAUUGAACCGAGUUUGACAAAUGAGGUGCCAUUAAAAGUUCGAGAACCAGUGGCUCCCAUUGCAAAACAGCAGAAAAUUUGUGAAAUCACUGAAGUCAAGGGAUCUGAUCAUUUCUUUCCAAGAACUCUCAGAGAAGAUGAAUUCAAAUCACGUGGGCGAUUGAUUGGUAACACUUGUGAAGAAGUUUGGGAUAAUUGGUUUCAAGCAAAUAAGGAUAAUCCUUAUGAGGAACCGCCAAAAGAGAUGCCAGAUGAAUUGAGAGAUCAAUAUACACUUUAUGGAAGAAUACCAUUGUUAAAGGCAUAUUACAAUGAAAAAAGUGUGCCUAAAGCAGCCGUUUGGGAUACAGUUGAUGAACUAAUGACUCUACCAGAAGCUGAACUUUUCCAGAGAUCCACUUACAAAGAAAGAACAAAAGUCGUUUAUUCAGCACUCUCAUACUUUCAAGAGUAUUUUAAGGGAAAAAGUGGAGCUGUAAUUGGAUCUCAAAGACCGUGGGCUGAGGUUUACGCAUUGAGACACGGAGCCACCGCUGUGCUCACUGUUGAAUAUCAGAAAACGGAGAUCAAGACAAAUCAGCCACUCAGCUGGAUUCAUCCACUCGAUUUGGCAAAGAAUUGGACAAACUUUCAAGAGAAGUGGGAUUUCGUGAUUAGCUACUCAUCGAUCGAACACAGUGGACUUGGAAGAUAUGGUGAUACUCCUGAUCCAUGGGGUGAUCUUCGAGAAGUCGCCAAAAUGCAUUGUCUUUUGAAGCCUGGCGGUGUGAUGUUACUGGGUUUGCCCGUAGGUGAUGACGCCCUUGUUUGGAAUGCUCACCGAAUAUACGGAUCGAUUCGAUUACCGUGGAUUAUGCAAGGAUUCGAAUUGCUGGGUGUAUUUAGUUUGAAAGGAUCCGAAAUACAAAUGACAACUGGCUUCCCGUGGAGAAAUAUCGAACCAAAAAAGACAAUUGCCUGGGAUUCAUUCAUUCAACCGGCUAUCAUUCUACAAAAAGUUAGAGAU